AUGCCUAACGACACAGAAACAUCGCUGCUUGGUGAGCUGGAAGCUGAAUUUAAAAAGAUCAAAGGAAGCAAAACUUUCUACGAUUUCCUCCAUUUUUCCACAAAAAAACUUUGGGGAACCGGAUGUGUGAUUUUCUUAAUCUUUCUGCACAUUCUGCCAGUAGCUAUGUUAUUGAUUGGUGGCUUCUCUGAUUGCGAGGCGGGUCGAUGGCUUCCACGUUGGAUGAUAAUCUCUGGCUUUUUGGGGAUUUUGAUCAUAAUCACUUGUUAUUGUUUUGGUUAUCAGGUGGUCGACGAAGAUAACAAUCAUUGUUUUUGUUUCACUCUGCUCAGUUGCUUCAGUUUCAUGAUGGCAUUCUUUGUGGCAAUAUGGUACAUUGUCGGUUUAUUUUCUGCUUAUUCAGCCUAUCUCAACUACAAUCAAGAGAAUUGCUCUGGCUUUCUUUUGUAUUUCAGUCUUUUUCUGGUGACAAUGGGAUGGCACGUUCUUGAAGAUCAAAGAGUGAUCUACGAUGAGAAGACGGUCUUUGGAUGGGGAGAUCAGCUUGCAUCGGCUUUGGUCUGCCUCCGAGAAAACAAGAUCCUUCACCGAGAUCUCAAACCUGAAAACAUUCUCAUGACAGAUCAUUUCAUUGUUAAAUUGGCUGACUUCGGGUUGGCGAAGCAUUUGAAGGACAUGAGCGAGAUGACCUAUGGAGGAACUCGUCGAUAUAUGAGCCCCGAACAAUCAAAAAGCAAGACGAACUACAAGAGCGAUCUCUGGGCGUUUGGGUUGAUUCUUUGGGAGAUGGUCGAAAGAAAGUUACCUAUU